GUGAUACAGCAUGGCCCGUACUAAGCAGACUGCCCGCAAGUCGACCGGCGGCAAGGCCCCGAGGAAGCAGCUGGCCACCAAAGCUGCCCGCAAGAGCGCGCCGGCCACGGGCGGGGUGAAGAAGCCGCACCGCUACCGGCCCGGCACCGUGGCCCUGCGGGAGAUCCGGCGCUACCAGAAGUCUACGGAGUUGCUGAUUCGCAAGCUGCCCUUCCAGCGGCUGGUACGCGAGAUCGCGCAGGACUUUAAGACGGACCUGCGCUUCCAGAGUUCUGCCGUGAUGGCGCUGCAGGAGGCCAGCGAGGCCUACCUGGUGGGGCUGUUUGAAGACACGAACCUAUGCGCCAUCCAUGCCAAGCGCGUGACCAUCAUGCCCAAGGACAUCCAGUUGGCCCGCCGCAUCCGCGGGGAGCGGGCCUAAGGCAUAUUUUUAAGUGGUCGAUCUAAAGGCUCUUUUCAGAGCCACUGCCGUUUUCAUCAAGAGCAGCUGUACCGGCUCUCCAUCUGGCGUGCCUCUGCCUUGCGCACCGGUCAGGGGCCAGGGGCACUCGUAGUGGUGGGUGACGUUACAGAGUCCAAAACCUAGCCGCGAGUUGGCUGGCGGUAGAAAAAGCCACAGAGGGCAUGGUCCUUGUGGUUCCGGCCGAGCCUUCCUUUUCAUGCUGGUUUAAGGCCAGAGCUCUGGCUCCCAAUUCUGUGGGUAAAGUUUUGCAUGGCGGCAAGAGACAAUGGGAGUUUCGAGAUGUGGAAGAUUGUGAGUGUAAGGGUGGGGCGAGUCCCUUAAAAAUUAUAAACCCGUUUCCUGGUUUAUUUAAGAAGUGUAUACGUUUAAUUAAAGCUCAGCAUCUUCCUCAUUGCAUACUACAGGCGGUGCCCAAGCCGAAAUAGUAAUUUAAGUGGGCGGGAGUAAAUACCUGGCGAUUUUUAAAAAUGUGUGGGCUGAGGUAUUAUUUCAAGGAAGAGAACAAAAUUUCCACAAAGUAUAGAAUAAAAAUGCAAAAACAAGGGAAGAGUUAACUUGUCUAGCUGGCGUUAAGAUUUCUUCCGUAUGCAAGUCUGUGAUGG